AUGGCAGACCAGGCGGCUGAAACUGCUACCGUAGCCCAAUCUACUCCAGCUGAUGCGCCAGCAGAGCUAGAAUCCACAGUGGUCGAAUCUGCUCCAGCUCCCGAAUCUACUUCCGAAGCUGCACCAGCGCAAGGAACUGUACCAGCUGAGGCUGCACCUUCAGAAGUUCAAACCGAAUCUGUAUCAGAACCUGAGCCAGCCAUUGUAUCUGAAUUUGUUCCUGCUGAGGCUCCCGUUACAGAAACUAUCCCGGUAGCUGUAUCUGCUCCUGCUCCAGAGUCCGCACCCACUCAAGAGGCAGCCACUGCUGAGACUGCACCUUCAGAAGUGCAAGCCGAAUCUGUAUCAGAGCCUGAGCCAGCCAUUGUAUCUGAAUUUGUUCCUGCUGAGGCUCCCGUUACAGAAACUAUCCCGAUAGCUGAAUCUGCUCCUGCUCCAGAGUCCCAUCAAGAGGCAGCCACUGCUCCCGUUACAGAAACUAUCCCGAUAGCUGAAUCUGCUCCUGCUCCAGAGUCCGCACCCACUCAAGAGGCAGCCACUGCUGAGGCUGCACCUUCAGAAGUGCAAGCCGAAUCUGUAUCAGAGCCUGAGCCAGCCAUUGUAUCUGAAUUUGUUCCUGCUGAGGCUCCCUUUGCAAAACCUAUCCCGGCAGCUGUAUCUGCUCCUGCUCCAGAGUCUGGACCGGCAGAAGAGGUCGCUCCUACUGAAGCCGCACCUUCAGCACCCGAAUCUGGUCCUACUGCAGAAUUGGCCCCAGCUGCAGAAGUCUCUCCUGCUGAAGCAUUCAGUAUUGAAGCUGCUCCGGUACUAGAAUCCGCACCUCAAGAAGUCGCCACUGCUCCCGCAAACGAAUCUGAAAACGAAGAAGAAGAGGAUGCGGUUGUUCGAUUGCCCCUAGGUCGUCUAAUUUCUUUUCGAACUCGGAUUUCAGAACCCACUGCAGCUGUUGCCGAACCGGAAUAUCACAAGGAGGAAGCUGCCGCUGCAGAAGCGUCUGCCUCAGCUUCAUCUGAAGCAGCUCCCGCUCAAGCAGAAGUUGUAACAGAACCACCUGUAGUGGUUGAAUAUGUACCUCAAGCAGAAGCUGCUCCCUCUUCUGAACCAGUCCAAGCACAGCAAGAACCUCAAGUUAACGCAGCUCAAGCUGACACAACUGUUCCUCCAGAAAAUCAACCAGAAUCUGCACCACAGAAAGCACCGGCUCAAGCAGAAGUUGCUUCAGAAGCUGUAGCUGAAGCACAGCUUGAACCUCAGACCGAAGCUGCUCCACCUUCGGAACCCACAUCCGUAGAAUAUUCGCGAAAACCGCAAGCUGAAUCACCCCCUGCACCCGAGGCAGCUGCUCCUGCUGAAGCACCUAUUGCGGAACCAGCAUCUGUAGAAGCCCAAUCAGAACAUGCUCCAGUAGCUGAGACACCUGCUGCUCCUGAAGCUCAAGUCGACACAACUGCUGAAGCACCGAUUGAAGUUCAAGCCGUCACUCAAACAGAAGCAACCUCAGAAGGUUCGGCAGAGGCAGUGUCUGCCCAAGAAUCAGCACUUGCUGCGGAAGAUGCACAAGAAAUUGCUGCCCCAGAAUCACAAAAGGAGGCAGAUCAUGAGAGUGCAUCAUUCCCCGAUGCUCCUGCUCAAGUAGAAGCUGUAGAACAAUUAGUAUCUGCUCCAUCGCAGGAACCAGCACCUGAUCAAGUUCCUCAGGAGGCCCCUGCACAAAAUGAAACUGCUCCUGAGGAAUCCGCACAAAGUGAACCUCUACAGGAAGCAGCUCCCCCUCAAAAUGCGCUAUCAGAAGAUGCUCCAGCUGAAGCUCCUCAAGAAGCGCCAGUACAGGCUGAACCAGCACAUGCUUCCGAAUCCUUGACCACUGCCGAGGCACCUACCGACGCAGAAACUACACCACAUUCAGAAUCUGCUCCAGCUCAAGAAACUUCUCUUGCUGCCGAAGUUACACAAGAGACCCCAGCUGAGUCGGAAACUGCACCAUCAACAGAAUCUGCACCAGCACCUGCUUCAGAUGCUAAUCCAGCCGAAUCCACUCCCGAAACCGCAGAGGGCGACUCCGCUCCAGCUGUUGACGCCGCACUGCAGCAGCCCGCCCCGGCAGCGGCCAGUUAG